GUCAAAAUUACGAGAACUUGGUCGAAGUUUUAUUUGUUAUUAUUGCUAUACAUUUUUACAUUUUAGUUGUGAUUUUUAUGUUUUAUUAGAUAGGUACCUAGUUCUAUCAUUGUAAUUCCUACAAAAAAAUCGUUCUGUACCGCUACAGCCCAAAUGUGUGCGAUUUAAAAUGUUUUGAGCCGGGUGUGCAAUUUUGAUUCAGUGAUCUUUGUACGCUCGUAAAUUUACUUGCCAGCAUCCGCGAGUUGAUAAGUGCAAUAAAGCGGUGACUCAUUCGUUUGUUGUAAUGCCCCCGGAAAAAGAUAUCAUCACCAAGGGAUGGGAGAAGCUGGACGACGAUGUUAUCAUUAAGGAGGUCGCUACUAAGGGGAAACAUGUCAAGCUAUGUAUUGCAUAUCUGGCGGAAAGGAAUGAACUGUCCCACACCGAGGCUAGGGACUAUUUUCUCCAGAAGGCCAACGCGUACGUCCAUCGGUUACUAUCGAAUCGGCAGCUUUACAAGGCGGAACACAUCCUGACCAACAUCGACUGGGUCUCGAAGUAUGUGUUCUAUCAGAUCGCGGCGGAAACUAGUGAUCACGACCUGAGGGACUACAUUCGGGAGCAUUUGGUCAAAACGAUCGAAAACUACGGUGGCGAGUCCGGUGAGGAACGGUUGAUCGAGGCCAACUGGAAGGUGUACUGUCUGCUGAAAGACAACGUGCGCCAGCUGGCUGAGCUGCUCCGGGAGCUCGACAGUGGGUACAGUGUGCUGGAAAUUGAAACCAUGACAUUCAAUACAUUCUACGCGAAGGAUGAGGCGUACCGAAAUGCGGUCGCGCUCGAUUUGUUCUUCAAGAAUCAAGAAACGGAAAUCUCCCCGCUACUGGACAAGUAUGCCGUGUGGAACUACCUGCUUAAGAACAACAUAGACAACUUGAUCAAAAUAUGGAUACAAAUCAAUGCAUGUCUGCGAUCGCUUCCCGAGCUGGCACGAAACCCUUCGGACUACUCGACCGAUUUGGCCAAAAUUAAAAUCGACAUCUACGACGAUCCGAGGUUCAACGAACGAUUGCGGCAGCUGUUCCGACGUUGGGAGAUCAACGAUUUCAUGGUUUCCCAGCUCUCUUGCCAGAAAAAUAUGUGCCGGAAUGAAGUCCUGCUGAAUGCUCUGGCGACCUACGGCAAAUUUGUCGACCACGAACGUACCGAUUCACUGCAGAUACUGAGGCGACUGUUCACGACACAAACUUUAGAAGCGAACAGAGUGUGGCUGGAAGGAACUGACUUUCGGGAAGGUCUAACCAGACAUCUGGUGAAUGAGCGAUUAUUUCAGCUUAUGGACCUGCCAGUGGUUAGUAAGGAGUGUCUGAGAAAAGUGGUGAAUGACUCGAACUGUGAUAAAAGAAAGGAGGUGGAGAUGUUUUUGUUAUUGAACGAUCUUAAAAAUGAAAGUAUUAAUAAGGAAAAACUACGAAAUAUUUCGAUUAAGUGUUCAGAGUAUUUGGCCAGCAGCCAGGAAAAUUUUUACGAUGAAAAUCCCAUUGUGUACCUUUUUGAAUAUUUCCUUGAUCCAAACAACACGCAGUUUCCCGAGGAUACUGAACGGUUCAGGAAAUUGCCUCACCUUUAUAAUUUUCUGACAAGGCUAAAAACUAACCCAACAUCGUCGGUUUCUGUGGCAAGCCUACUGGAGUUACACGAUCUCCCUAGUGUGGGAACUAUUAGAAAUCAUCUUUUCGGUUGCCUUGAUGAUGAUGACGAAGAUGAAGAAGCAAUGAAUCUUGCGCUGUUACAAACACAUGGUUGUAUCCCUCAUUUUGCUCAUCCAGUGCUAUGUGCCAAAUAUGGAAGUACGGUGAAGCUUAACUACUUGCACUACAUAAAGCAGUACCGUUCUAGUUACGCAUUGUACCUUUUCUACUUGGAGCAACUGCAGUGUUAUUCGCGGAUUACACCAUCACAAAUCAACUGCGCUGCCAAAUCUGUAGCCGAAAUCGCCGUAGCGAAUUUCCGUGAUGCCAAUUUGGUUACUCACUGUGUCGCCUUCAUUGAAAUGCUCGGGGUCGAUAGCAUGCGAACACGCGCCUACGUACGUUGCUUAAACAUGAUUCAGACAACGAACACUCCGACAAAGAUCUCCGUUCGGGAGCUGCUGCAACGGUGUGAGGAUGUAGUUGUGCACAAAGAGUGGGGCGAUCCAGAUCUUUUGCUCGAUCUGGAAGCGAUGAUAAUCCUCUGUCGAACUAGUCGACUAAAGUUUCCCGAAAGAUACCUGCUGCGUCUGCUGGAAGAAAAUAAUUGGUUCCGGUUUUUACUGCUAGUUGAAUACCUGGACUAUCCGCAGGAGCAGAUACUGGAACUAUGCAUCAGUGGUUUUGGUGACCGAACCGUAGGCAACAAUGUCAUGCGGGCUAUCAAGUACUACGUGGAACCGGUACAGCGACGAGCAUCAACGCCAUCAUCGCAGCGGAAGCGUAGCAUCACAACUCCUAAACGCCGACGGAAGGUUAGCAACAGCCAAUCGAGCGUCUCAAGCGAAACUGACAGCAGACAAUAUUCGCAGUCGACAAUCUGCGAAUCGGAGUACGAUGGAUCGCGCUUUCUCUGCGAACGCUACGAUCAGGACCUGUUUGCGACGAUCUUGCUGUGUUCGAAUGAAGCAAAAAACUGCACCCGGGCGGAGAUUACAGCAAAUCGGCCUGUUCGGGAUUUUGACGGAUUUAGGCAGCUCGUUUUGGCGACUGGUACCGAGAUAAGCACCAAACACCCGUCCACCUUUGCUAAUCUCUUGUACAGGGCGAUACGGCGCAAAUGGCCCCUGUUGGCAGUGCUGGCAGGAAUGGUCUCCGAAUCAAACCGAAAAUUUUGCUGGCUCACAUGGCUGAUGAUAUCCGUCGAAUAUCCAUAUGAGGAAGUUAUAGCCGAUGUACAGGAAACGGACUUUUUGGGAGAUAUUCUGCAAUACUGCGUCCGGAUGGGAUUUGUUCAAAUUCUUCACGAUAGCAUUGCUGUGUUCUUCCCGGAAUCAAACUUCUUCUGUUUAGUAAAAUAUUUUGUCGAAACGAUGGCUACCAACUUCUCUCAAAGCACUACCGAUUAUUUACGCCAGUUUCUUCAACAUGCUGAUGAUUUCGAGCUACUGGGAUUUGAAAAACACGAAAAACAGGAUUUAAUAAUUUGUUCUGUUAAAUUGCUCACACUCCACCUGGAUCAUAACUUUGACUCACUCUACUAUCAAAUUCAGCUGCUAGAAUCUUUAGUCGCAUCAGAUAUAGGUUAUUUCACGCAGGAUAUAGACUUUGCUCUUCUACUAAAAAUUAGUAACAUUAUACGAGACACCACGAUAAGAGUUAAUUUCAUCGACUACUUUAAUCGAACAGACAACCUCAACCCGGAGCUCGAAAAACUCUGCGAACGCUUAGUCGCGGCUAAGUUUCACAAAGAAGCCAUCGAAUUAGCCGAUCUUUUGGACUUUCCCAAAGAAUCAAUCAUAUUCGAACACUGGAGCAGCACCUUCGAAAGCAGUGGCAUUUGUUCAUUCGACCAGUACCACAGUGACAUGACGAAGUAUAACUUCGGACCAGAAUUGUUGCUGAAUUUCUACAUUCACAUUGCGAAUCAGCUGGAAUACAGCGAUUCCAGGAAGUACACCGUUUUGAAGACAGCUCUUGAACUGAUUAAGGAUCGAGGUCUUUACCCCAGCGAAGUAUUUGAUCGCGAUCGCUUAGAGUACGAGUUGGUACAAGCUUACGUUCAAUGCACUGAGGAUCCAUCGACCCUGGAACUUUAUCAUUCACAUUUUUUCACCAACAUCUACGUGAGGGAUCGCUGCAUAUUGCAUCACACGUUCUUGGAGCUGAAAGAGGUUGCCGGUAUCGACGAUCUCACCGUCUCAAAUUUGCGGCUUAUCGAUCCGGACGAGGUCAUUCGCCUAGAUGGUCUCAUCAAUCGGUUACUGGAGAAGGGAGACAUCGUGCAAGCGUUGCGUUAUCAAGCUAUCUUUGAUCAGCGACCGGUUGAUCUGCAUUUCAUAGUAUUUUGCAUGGCAUUGGCAGAAUCGCUUGUUAGUUUAUACAACCUGUCCAAGGAGGAACGUCUAAUGCUGAAUGAAGAUUACAAACGAGCUGCGAACCGUUUCCAGCGAAGAACUUUACGUUCCACUAGGAUAAGUCAGAGCUCUGCUAACACUUCGUUGUGUUCACCUUUGAAACCAGCACACAACGACUCGUCGGAUACGAGUGCGGCCGCUUCGGAGUUCGAGGAGGUUCCAUCCAGGGAGAAACAGAACAUCUUCGAGGCGAUCAAUAGUCUCGGUGCCAAAAUCAAGUACGGGCAGGAGCUCGCUCAGCGCAUUGUCCUAACCUACCGGGUCGCUAUGCAUCUCGACAAAGAGUACAACGAAAUAUUGAAAAUUCGUGAUCCGGUCGGUCUGCUCGGCGAGGUCAUCCAGGAGGAGUGCAUUCAAAAACUAGAGGUUGUCAGCGAUAUCAUGACUUCCCAUCGGUUGGAAAAUAGCACGGUGUCGGAAUUUCUAGCACGCGAAAUAGUGACGGCAGUUGUUAGAUCAAAGUUCUAUUUGCUGCAGCACACUUCGUCGAUGGCUAACUCGAAACCAAUCGAGGAACUGCUCUGGGGCUACAACAUUGAUCGAGAAUUUCAUCUGUUUCUCGAGCUUGCACCAAACACGACGAUGCUUGGAACUUUAUUGCUUCGCUAUUGUGAUUCAAUCAAACAUUACAAAAGGCUCGAGAAAUCACCGGAAAGUCGUUCUCUUUCGAGCUCGACUACCGAGGAAGUAGAUUUUGAGCUGCUAGAACAGCUAAGAAUUAUUUUCAAAGGACAAAUAUUAUCGCUAAAGAAACAAAAUACCAUAAUUGUGGCCUUGUUGAUCAAAGCUCACGAUUGCUUCGUACAUGAAUGCUCCGUCGAGGGGAUUGUUCAGGUACUACAACGAUGCAAAGCACUGAAUUCUAUUUUAACUGGAGCCAAAUCGUGGAGUCUCAUAGUAAAGCUGCUGGUAGGCAUUGGUCGUUAUCGAGAAAUGUACUACUGCUUUGAAACGCUAAUCAAACACGAUCAGUUUGAAUCUCUGCUCGGACAAUUCGAAGAGAGGCACACCAACGGCCUCAAGGCCGCUAUUAUCUCGUAUCUGCACGAACACUGUCCGGAUCGAAAGGAAUACUUCCGACUGGCAGCACUGCACUUCAUGAUGUACAAAGAGACUGCCGAAAUGUAUGAAACUGAAGCCAAAUCAACAAUCGCCUUAGUGCUUUCGACUCACGAGAGAACGCCACCCUCUUCCCAGGCAUUCAACUCGAUCGGAGGUCCGAAAGUUAUUAUUCCCCGAUUGGAAUGUACGACGCUUGUAGUUUCCGUUCUGAAUACAGCCAUGGAAGCGUACAUGCACGCAGCGGAAAAUUAUCUCCUAGAUAAUAAAAUGAGCUUUGCUCAAAGGACAGCAAGUUACGCGGAGCUUGUGGCUCUACAGAUAUGUAUGAUAAAUCAGGUAUUGGACGAAAAGGCCGGGUCAAAUGACAGCCAUUGUAUAUCGAUCCUAAAUAUCAAGAAAGAUGAAAAAGGAUCGAAUCUCGCUUAUUACGUCAACAAUGUCCUAAGUGUUCCCCAAGCCCUGAUAAUCGCUCGCAAUUACGACUAUGAAAUAAACUGGACUGCCGCACUGUACCAACACUUCAUCGUGAACGGAGAAGCGCAAUAUUUGGAGGAUUAUCUCGAUCGGAUGCCACUGACCGAUGUGAUGGUCGAACAUCUGGUCAAAACCUUCCAGCUAGAACCAUGCGUAACGCCAGAAAUGGAACGCGCAAUUGCCGGGCUGGUCAAGCUCGUGGAAUCGGUAACCCUUAAGUAUAGGCUGGCAUCACUACUGGGACUGAAGCGCACCUUACACGAACUGAUCAACGAGAAUAGUUUAUACUACCUGAAAGAUUGUGAUUACGGACGAAACGAACAUACUGCUAGCGGUAGCUGAGAUGAGAGGUAGCUUCGUGUACGGCCGCUUUUAAUUAGUAUUGAGUUACUUGUUUUUAGUGGGUCGAUUUAAAGGCUUUAUUUGUUAAGGAGUAAUUCCAUGGAUCAUCAAUUAUUGUAGAUAUGUAAUGAGGAUAAGCAAUAUAUACAAUAAAUCUUUGUUUGAUGCGAAGAAAA